CGCCGGUGACGUCACGUCGCUGCACCGUGUUUAUUAUGUGGUUGUUGGGUAGCAGCUGCUAGCUAAUAGCAUAGUGUCUUAUCUAUAGACAUGCUCUGACUUUACAGUCGACAGUUUUGGAGGUCAGAGAUGGCAGUGUGUGCACUGACCAUGUUAGAUGGGAUGGAGGAUGAAGUAACAGCGGCAGGUGGUGCGUUGCUCCUGGUACUGGCGCUCAUCUUGGCUUGGCUUUCGACCCAUGUGGCCGAUAGGGGAGACCACAUCCUGGGCACCAUCCUCACUGUGGGUGCUCAUGCCUCUUUGAUAGGACUGGGGGGCCACGACAGCUACAGUGGAGGGCCUGCUAGUGCUGAUGCUCCUGAGCAACAGACUGCUUCAACAUCACAGGAGAACAAGCCGGAUGAUGGCGAGUCGGCAGCUGAGAGAGGAGAGGGUGAUGGGAUAGUCGAAGGAGCUGAAGGGGCUUGGACGGAUCUGCUACUGGACAUCCAAAGGAAACAACCUCAGGCUGGAAGAAUGCACACUUCUGAUGGAGAAGAUAAUGAAGCUGAUGAGGAGGAGAAUGACAUUGAUGAAGAGAAUGAGAUAAGGCUGGCAGAAGAAAAGCCAGUAAAGCCUAAACCUGUUUUGACCACCACCACUAGCAGUACAACCGCCAUCAAUGUUCGCCUGAAGUUUUUGAACGACACAGAGGAGGUGGCUGUUGUAGAACCGCAAGAUACAGUUGGAAUACUGAAAAGCAAAUGUUUCUCAGGCCGGGAGCAUCAGAUUAAAUUAAUCUACCGAGGCCAGUUACUGCAGGAUCCCAAGAGGACUCUGCUUUCCCUAAACAUCACUGACGACAGCGUGGUCCACUGCCACAUCUCCCAUGCCUCGCAUGAAGUCGGUCCAGAGGAAGAGGCUCAGUCUGGGACAGGCGCAGAAGACAGAUCUGGGGUCUCUGGAGGAUUUAGGGCUGCAGGUGUGGCCAUUAGCACCAGCAGUCUGGUGGUGCCUGUGUUCGUGGUGAUACUGGCUGUGGUGUGGUACUUUCGCAUCAACUACAGGCAGUUCUUCACUGCCCCCGCGACCAUCUCCCUUGUGGGAGUCACUGUGUUCUUUAGCUUUCUGAUUUUUGGGAUGCACAGCCGCUGAGAAGACGAAGACCGGGCUCACACUUGCAGCUGAAUAUUAUAAAAAUAAAAUAAAUAAAAAUAACUAAAGCAGUAGGCGAGUAUCUGAGAUGGACUGAUCAGGAAGCUCCCUGGUGCCGAUGCUGCAGCUGAUUUAACUGUUUCAGUUCCCAUGAGGUUAUUUGUGCAUGUAACCCUGAAAAAGAGUGAUUGUACAGCUUAAAUGCAGUAAAUAUAAUCUCAAUUGAGAAUUUUUGUAGCUUUAAGCGUUUUUUCCCCAAUAUAAGUGGCUAACCAUCAUUUUGUCUGCUCUGUUAAAACGAUCUUGUGCUUUAUUCUGUUUUAGAACGGUUUGUUUUUGUUAAGAAAAAAUAAUAGAUCCAAAUAUCUCAUUUAAAACCACUUGCUCUCGUGCUACGUGUGCCAGUCGGACUCAAACAUUUUAUGUUAUUUAAAUGAGUCAAAUCUCUUGUAAGCAAAUAAACUGCCUCGGGGCAAGGCUAGCAUUUUUGGAUGUUAUAUAGAAAUAGGCUAAUUUAAACUAUACCUAGCCACAAAAACAUAAUUUUAUGAGGGGACUGUAAAUAUAUUGUGUAUUUUGUGUAAAUAGAAUACAUCUGGUAAAGCUGCAUCUGGCACUUACAGGCCUGGGGGUGGGGGGGUGGGACAUACCUCCUUAUUUUGCUGGACUUGUCUGGUUUCAGUUGUAUCCAAUAAAAAAGCAUUUUCAACCA